AUGUCAUUCAACAGAUCCAGAUACACCAGAAAAUCGUUUAGAUCUUCGCCUCACAGAAGAUCGUUUGGCGGGAGAUCCGACUACAACCCACAAUUCGAAAGACAUCACCGUGCUGGUCUUCGCCACCACCACUCGGCUGGCAGAAGAACUCACCACAACUUCAACAGUGACUAUAGCCAGCAAUCUCAUAGACACAACUCUACCAGGCACGGCAGAAAAUACGCUAAGUACCACUACCCACAGCCAUCUGGAGAGGUUUUUAUUGAAGAGCCAGAGACCGACUCCGAAAAUGCUGACUCUGAAAGCGAGUACGACGGAUACGCUCACUCUGAAGAUGACGAGAGAACAUACGACUUUGACUUGGAGAGCAACGAUGACGAUGCCUCUGAGAUCUACUAUGACUCCGACGGGCUCCCCGAGGGCGAAUAUGAGGAGAUUUUUGUUAUUCCUGAGGAUUUCGAUGGAAUUGACAUGAACGACGAACUUGAAAACAACGCUAUCGAUGCCUUGGAGGCCGAGGGAGCUGUAAGAGAUGUGAACGAUGACUUAGUCAGAUACUACGACUCUGACUCUGACUUGGACAUUUCUUCUUCCGACGAAUACGACUCUGACAUCGAAGAAGACAUUCUUUUGGCCAGCUCUUCAGACUCUGACUCCGAAUCCGACUCUGAUUCCGAAGAUGCUUGUGGGGAAUGCUCCGAUUCCGACUCUGAUUCUGAGUCCAAUACCGACUUGGACUUGGAUUCUGAAGAGGAAUUGGAAGACCUCAGAUUGGCCUUGGCCCAGGUCACCGAAUCUGCCGAUGAAGUCUCGUCUGAUGAAAGCGACGAUGAUGUUUUUUUCGAAAUCGACUCGGAUUACUACACUUCUGAUGACGAUGAUGAUGACAUUGUUGUGGAUGAAGACAUGAACUCCGACUCCUCUGAUUCGUCCGACGACGAGGGAAUCACCAUCUACAAACACCGCUUUGAUUUGCCAGACCGUUACGACAGUGACAAUGACUCUACUGACCCCGAGUUAGAGCUCUCUGACAAUGAGCUUUUGCUCAAGGCCAACGACUCUGAUGACGAGUUCGAUGUGAUCGACUUGAGCAAAGAUUUGAAAGGCUCCAAGGAUUGCGAGUUGGUCGAGCUUGACGACAACACUUACAAGUUGAAUCUCAGAUUCCCAUCUCUCAUCAAGGAAGACUUGAAAAUCAACUUCUUGAAAAAUGAGAAUGAGUUGGUUAUCACAGGUAAAUUCAACUUCACGUUCGACGAGACUGACAAUGAAGAGGAAACUCAAGCUGAUCAAGCCGAGGAGGACGUCGAGGAGAACGUCGAAGGCGGAGCCAAUGAAGAGUCCAAGAAUGAGGGUGAGGACAUCAAAGACGCGGAAUCUUCCAGCUCUUCGGACUCCGACUCCGAGUCUUCUAGCUCUUCGGAGUCAGAGUCCGACUCCGAGUCCGACUCCGAGUCCGGUUCCGAUUCUGAUUCCGAUUCCGAGUCAUCAAGCUCUUCCGAGUCUGAGUCUAGUUCUUCCGAGUCUGAGUCUGACAACGAGGAGGAAAUAAUGGAGGAUGCCCAAGAAUUGAUCAAAGACUUCCAGAAGCAUGAGAUUCAAUUUGAGAAGCGCUUCGUGUUUGACAAGAUGGUGAAGUUUGACGAGAUCAAAGCCUCUUUCUUGGAGAACGGCGAGUUGGAGUUGAUCAUUCCAAAUGAAGGUGUCGAAAUUGACACGGAAAAGAACAAUGUUGCCAUCGCCAUCGAGGGCCAGCCCGAACAGCAGAAAUCCAUUGCGGCUGAUGCGGAAGUCCAGGCUGUGGCUGAGGCAGUUGCGGAGGCAGCUACUGCUGACGUCGAGAUGGCAAUCUAA